AUGAAAGACACCCCUUAUCCAUCUGAUUCAUUCCCAACUUCUGUCGCCAUAGAAGUCGCAACCUACACUCCAACACACGGCGGCCCAUCUGCUCACAUCCUGGGUAACUACUUGCACCCGAGUCUUCAAUCUUGA